CGCAGUCGCGAUUUUGGCUACUUUCGAUUUAAAAAGUGCAAAGUGAUUUUUUUAAUUUGUCUGUUUCCUGCUCCUCCUUUGUACUGGUGGAUUUUUAGGUAAAAUGACAGAGACGCUAAUAUAUAAGGUUAAGAGACCGCAAAGGCUUCCUAUAACCAAAGAAAGUUGUCGAAGACUGCUAAAAUACAAGUCUAAUGAUGUAAACUUGAAUACCCUGUCCUGCACAGCGGACUGUGACUUAGAAAAUGUUCACCUCCAGCAUGCAAGAAAAGUUAUGACUGACAUGACACAUGAUUUUGAUGCCACGUCAUCAUCAGUGCAGAGAUUUCAAAGAACUUACUCCAUGUCUUUGUACCAGUCUGCUGCUGCACAGGCCCCAGACAUUGUAAAAUGGUUAGAACAAAACUUUGAAGAAGGUCUAAAUGUCAGUGUGCAGCGAUGUGAAGUUUACGCGGAGUAUCUUGAUUUUUGUGCCACCUGCUGUGUAGAUCCCAUUAAUGCUGCUAGUCUGGGGAAGAUGUUACGUAUGGUGUUUCCCGGGGUGAGAACUAGGAGACUUGGCACAAGAGGGCAGUCAAAAUAUCAUUAUUAUGGAAUCAAGAUAAAGAAGAAAUCUGUAUCCCAAACUCCUCUGCUGUCGCAUAUGUCAGAAGGUAAAAUACUUCUUUCUUAUAGUUUUCUUACAGAAGAAGGUUCCCAAAACUCAAAAAUGUCCACUACAGGCACACCAGGAUCUUUGAUCUCUUCAUUUUCCAGUUGGGACAUUCCAGGCUGUGAGUUGUUUGAAAGCCUGGACCUCCCUGGUCUAGAAGGUUCUGAGAGCGACAGCCUGUCUCUCUCAGCUGAUCACCCUGUUGGCAUGAGGAGCACUGAGGGUGGAGGCUUGGCUGCAAAGGGUGGGUUGAAGCAUGAGAGGAAUUCUCCUUGUCAGAGAGAUAGCGGUCUUCCAGAGUUUCCUGGCACGGAACGUCUCAGAGUACCUCUGCAUUUGAAAGAAAAAACUACAGUGUUUCUGCUACUGUACAGACACCACUGCCAGAGAGUGCUGGAUUCUGUGGUUAGAGCAAACUUUGCUGAGGUUGAAAAUCUGCUCAAAUCUUUUUGGCGUUCUUUGCCUCUUCGUCUUCAGCCACUUUUACUGAGCCCUUUCACUGUGGAUUUGAUAUUGCUCUACGAUUUAACCUUAUACAGGAUGCUAGCUUCUACCCUUUUCCCCACUCUUUGCCAGGAGAUGAGCGCUAGUUUAAAGUCAGAACUGAGAAGAUUUGCUGUGGAUCUGCAGCGGUGGUUCGAGGACGCCCUGAGAAGGCAACCCCUGCUGCUGAGGAAUAAGAUUUUAGAAGGUGCGGGUUUCUUCUGUCGCUGGCUCAAACACCAGACGGAGGUUUGUCACAUCGUGUCCUCGGCAAGUACUAUCCUACAGAAUGCAGCACACGUCUCCCAGCUACGGGACGACUGGCUGCGGUUGGACCUGCCUCACAUAGCCAGGCAUGGUCGCUGGGUACUAAAGGGUGAAGACUUGAGAAGGAGUGGGCAGACAGAAGAGGAGAGGCUGAUCCAGAAAUGUGCGUAG